CGGCACGUUUGUGAUGAAGUACGUAGGUUAAGUACAGACCACUUCACAUUUCUUUAUACUUCAAAAAUGACACGUUUAGCAACAACAAUGUGCCUCGUAAGACAUAUAAAUGUUUGCUAACGCCGCAGAGUGCAUGAGGGAGGUAGAAAAGCAGCCCUGGGUGGGGUACCAGGACGACCUGUCCAAAAACGACGUAAUGGAGAACAGGUCAGUGACAGCAAACAAGUCAGUUCUAACUGCCUUCCAACUAUUGGGUACAUCAAAUACCAGCAUACCAUGGACAUGGGAGUAUAUUGCUUUAGCAGUAUAUCUAACGAUAUUUGCAAUUAUCGGAACGGUAGGUAAUAUUCCUAUCCUUAUAGUGUAUUUCCAUCGAAACGACCACACAACGGCUAAUACUUUUAUAAAAGUUUUGGCUAUUAUAGACCUGUUGGUAUGUUCACUUAUCAUGCCCUAUACUAUGGUGUACGAGCUACACGUGGUACGAAAUGACGUUGUUUGUCGUACUUUUGAAUUCCUACGUCACUUUGUUAUUGCCGCGUCAAAUAUAACUCUUUGUGCUAUAGCAGUGGAACGUUAUAUCGCCGUGUGUCGACUUACUCUUCGGAUGUCGGUCCAAAAUGUCAACAGGGGAAUGGUAUUCAUAGCACUAUGUAGCAUGUUAUUUGGAGCACCAUCUAUUGGUAUAUUUGCUGUUGUGUCUGACGAGGAAGUAAACAACGUCAAUUGUGCGUACGAUCACAGCGUCACACGCGGUAAAUUUUGUCAUUUCACGUACGCUAUUUUGGGCGAGAAACUAGUAACAAUCUAUCAAGGUGGACUGAUGAUCACGUUCCUGCUGACGCUUACCCUUAUAGUCGUAUUGUAUGUUAUCGUGUAUACAGUUCUCUGGAAAAAGACUAAACUCCGGAAACGAAUGACAGGAAUUCCCAGGGAAUUUUCAUUGACUUCGGAAGCUAGUCAAUCGUACAGUGACCCACAGAAAAACAAGAUAGAGUGGGAAUAUUCCAAAAUUCACAUUCCUGAUGAAGGUACGGCUGUGGUUACUAACACUUCCUUGCCAGAGCAAGAGGUAACUGCAGAUGUUGUGACGACAGUGGUGCAAAAAACAAAGCAAAAUACAGCCGGAAAUAGCUACAAAUUUCAUGACGUUUUCAAAAGAGUAAGACCAAGUUGUAAGGAGACUGGAGAUAAGGUCCGGAGACGUAACCAUAGAAAAACUGCAAAAAUGCUCUUUCUUUGUACGGUGAUAUAUCUUAUAACAUGGCUACCAUUCUGGUUGGAUAUUUUCGGAAUUACAAGCAACAUGGUAUUAAGGUAUCUGUUUUUCAUCGGAAAUGCAACUAACCCUAUCGUGUACGGUAUUGUGAAUGGCCAAGUACGAAAAUCACUGAAAAAAUUAUUUGGUGAAAUUAUCAAAAAAUGCACUAUACAGCGAACACAAAAAGAUUAGUGAGCUCUGACUCUACAAGAUGUUUCACACUUUUGUAUUUAAUCAAACAAAUUAAACUUCUUUCGGAUACAUCAUGUCUCGGGAGAUAAUUAGAUAAAUAUUCUGCGGUUAUAGAUUCUGGCUGAUACAUAAGUGAAGCACUUUUGCAUUUUUGUUGUACAGUUUCAAUCUUGCUUAAUAUUAUUUUUCCUAUAUUACAUUCGGAUCGAAGUCAAACAGAUUUAACGUACUUGGAAGUAUUUUGAAAUAACCUAUUUUAUGAUAAAGAUAUAUAUUGUCAUAUGAAGUGUCUUAUAGUUUUACCGAACUUUGUGUCACCUAUUUAAUCAAUGCUAAACGUCUUUCGGAUUAACACGUUCUGCA